AUGGAUAGGGAAUACGACCCUUUGGUGGAUCCACCAGCGGUUGUGCUCAAGGAAGAUCGGGCCAUUGAGUGGCUGAGCAAGGGAGCGCAGCCGUCGGAGGCGGUAAAACGAAUCUUCGACCGGGACGGCAUCUACGAGAAGAUGAACGCACCUGUGGAAGAGUUGACAGACGUUUCUGCCCCUCAAGCCAUUGUUGGUGUAAUCCUUGGCGCCCAUGGGGUGCACGGUGAAGUUCGCGUGCGCGUUUGGAGCGAAGUUCCAGGCCGUUUCGACCCGGGCCAAACUCUUUUUAUUCAAGAACAGAAACACCAGAUCCUGUCGUGCGGGCAAGGCCGUAAGGGGCUCACGAUACUCAAGCUUGAAGGCAUUGAAACUGAGAAAGCGGCUCAGGCCUUAACCGGGCAGGAGUUAAGCGCUCUGGCAGACGGAACCUCGGCUUUGUCUGAGGACGAGUAUUUUCACUAUCAACUGCUCGACAUGCGGGUUUUUACAGAGGAUGGAGAGGAUUUGGGCCUCAUUAGGGAAAUUAUUGCCACCGGCAGUAAUGACGUGUAUGUGGUUGCGGGGCCCAGUGGCGAAAUCCUGCUGCCCGCAUUGGCCCAGGUAGUCCGCCAGGUAAAUAUUCCUGACGGGAUAAUGACUGUCCGACUGAUGGAAGGACUUCGCUGA